AACAUAACACCCUUGCUCAGCGAUGGGCCCUACAACGCUCGACAUAAAAGGCCAGAUUGAUUUCGAAAUUUGAAUAUUCAGUUCUGGGAUUUCAGCGUAGUUUGUGGUCAAAUCUUUGUGCCAGUGAAGUGAAUGUGUGUGAAAGGUAUUUGUCAGUUCAGUGCAGUGGGUGUCCGAGAAUCAACAGAAAAUGUCGGAAUUCUUUGGACCGUGGUCCGACAAUGGAGAAGUGCUGGAGGAGACGGUGGAGGAGGAGACGAUCACCACCACAACCACAAAGAAGACCUCACGCCGAGUACCAAAGUCAUCCACAACGAAAACAACAACGAUGACGACGCCGGCAAAGCUGUUCGGACGCGAGCUGUCGUCUUACGACGAGGUGGACGUCGACGAGCUGCUUGCCAAGCUCACGCAAGAAGAGCUAAACAUGCUUGCCAAGGAAGUUGAUCCUGACGACAACUUCCUGCCUCCGUCGCAGCGUAACAAUUACGACUGUGAAAAAGACCCCACAGGUCCACUUAAUAGGAAGAAGCUGAUAGAACACAUCAAUAAACAGGCGCUCGAGACGCCAGACCGGCCAGAGAUCAAACCUUAUGUGGCUGGAGUUAUUAGAGGGAAAAAGUGGAUUCCGCCCCCACAACCGCAGAAGAUGCAGGAUGCGGAGGAGCAAAUCAGCAUAGACCUUGGAGACGAGUACGAAGCCGCCCUCGACAGCGCUUCCCAGGAAGAAAUCAUUGAUUUAGCUGCAAUUCUUGGCUUCCACUCAAUGAUGAACCAGGACCAGUAUCAUGCGUCGCUGCUCAACAAGGGUCAGCCCGUCGGUCUUGGAUGGGACGGCAUCACCAAAGCCACCAAACAAAAGAUAUUUCCGAUGGACCCACCCAAUGACACGGACCCCGACGACACGGUGAAGCGCGUGGAGCAGAACGACCAGAAACUGACUGAUCUCAAUUGGAAUAAUAUUAAGAACAUAAGCGACGAGAAAUUCGAAAGAUUGUUCGAGGCGCUAAAAACCAACACGCACCUGGAAGUCCUGUCCCUCGUGAACGUCGGCCUGAACGACCGCACGGCGCAGCUGCUGGCCGAUGCGCUGCAGGCCAACAGCGCGCUCAGAGUGGUCAACGUCGAGACGAACUUCAUCAGCCCGCAGGGCGUGGUGCUGCUCGUCAAGUCGCUGCUCACCACCAACUCCGUCGAGGAAUUCCGCGCCUCCAACCAGCGGUCGCAAGUACUCGGCAACAAGAUCGAGAUGGAGAUCACAGCUCUGGUGGAACAGAACCCCACACUGCUUCGAUUGGGGCUGCACCUCGAGUACAGCGAUGCCCGUCAUCGCGUCGCCAGCCACCUGCAGCGCAAUAUCGACAGGAAUUGCCGAGUGCAAAAGCGGGCUAGCGCGUCGCUUAGCUUGCGACUGCCUCGUGGACGGCCGCCGGCCGUUGGCAUCGACAGUAGCUUCUUCAACCUCACACCACCCAGCGCCGAAGCCGUCACACCAACCAAGGACAAAGAUAUACCAACCAUGACCGAAAAUGUCGAAACUAGUAUUACAAUUCCUGCGCCUACGCCAAAAGAGCCGGUUACAGAAACACCGGAUACACCAGGGAAUCAGGAGAGCAAAAGAGACCCCGAAACAUUUGUGAUGGCUUCGCGGCCCGAUACAAGUUCCGAGCCGCACUCUACGCCAGCAGCGCCGCAGCAAGAGCAGCGCUUAGAGCCCUGAACUCCGCAUGUGGUGGGCGCGUGCGCCGUCUCACCCAGUUCACACGCAGCCGCUCCUACGUGGUGGGCUGGAUCCCGUGAUCGUGUCUCUACUUUAUGCUUACUGCUAUUGUCUAUGGUUAGGAACAGAGAAACAAAACUUUUUGAUGAAUCAUUUUUACGUUAUUAUUUAUUAGCAUAAUGGUUCAACGAAGGCUACAAUGGAAAUUUUUAAUUUGACUUUUUCUUUUUGAAAACCGAAACUUAUUACUUACUUUAGUGAGGAAAAGAAGAUGUAAACAAUGUAACUUGAUAUAUCACAGCUCCGGUAAAACACAGACUUAACUGCGAAAAAUUGUGAUCCCAAACCAUUUUUGAAAUGCAAUUUAUAGAAUACAAUAAUUUAUUUCCUAUUAUCAAUGUCACAAUACUACAGUUCAUAAUACAUGUCAAGGGAUAUUUGGGUCACUAACGCAAAUAAUAGUAAUGAAUAUAAAAUAAGGUAGUAUAACUACUGCUUGUCUAAAUUCAACUAAAUCAAGUAAAAGAAAAGGGGCCCAUUAUGCAAUCUUUCAUUUUUCUACAGAGGGCGUACUGUAAAUUUUACAAAUGUAAGUUGAGACACUGUUUCACCGGAGGUGCAAUAUAAGUUUCUCUUUUUCAACCAAAACAAUAGCUAGUGUUAUUGAAGUGUAGCAAACGGUGCGGCCACCCCUCCCACUAACCGCGCUCGCUGGCUACGCACCACCCUCUGUCGUACCUUUGUGAUUUCGUAAUUCUUCACUUCUACAGUAAACAUUAAAUUACGUAAUUACUCUCAACUUUGAUACUACGUAUACGGUAUAGUCGUCCGUACAACUACUAAUAUUUACAUAUGGCUCACCU